UGCACCGUGGUCAACAUGCCGCUCACGCUGGCCGGCGUCGUGGCGCAGCGGCAGCCGGCCGGCGACCGCCUGUGCCGCCUGGCCGCCUUCCUGGACCCCUUCCUGGCCGCCAACUCCAUGCUGAGCAUGGCCGCGCUCAGCAUCGACCGCUGGGUGGCCGUGGUCUUCCCGCUGAGCUACCGCGCCAAGAUGCGCCUCCGCGACGCCGCGCUCAUGGUGGCCUACACGUGGCUGCACGCGCUGGCCUUCCCGGCCGCCGCGCUCGCCCUGUCCUGGCUCGGCUUCCACCAGCUGUACGCUUCGUGCACGCUCUGCAGCCGGCGGCCCGACGAGCGCCUGCGCUUCGCCGUCUUCACCGGCGCCUUCCACGCGCUCAGCUUCCUGCUGUCCUUCGUCGUGCUUUGCUUCACGUACCUCAAGGUGCUCAAGGUGGCCCGCUUCCACUGCAAGCGCAUCGACGUGAUCACCAUGCAGACGCUCGUGCUGCUCGUGGACAUCCACCCCAGUGUGCGGGAACGCUGUCUGGAGGAACAGAAGCGCAGGCGGCAGCGCGCCACCAAGAAGAUCAGCACCUUCAUAGGGACCUUCCUGGUGUGCUUUGCCCCCUACGUGAUCACCAGGUGA